GAAAUCAUGCAUAAUUCAUGAUGGAUUUCCAUACCGUCGAAAAUCAAGUUUACGAAGUUUAAUCGAAUAAGUAUUGUAAAUCUCUCUCCGUAUAUAGGUCAACACUAUAACAAAUGCGCCCGGGGAACGGAAAGUCUUAUAAAAAAGAUGCAUAAUCGAUGGCCAAUACAUUUCUGAUAAAGUUGUUUUGAAGAAACGAUUGCGACCGAGCAACUUCCAAGAAAAUAUUUGAUCAAAGAGGAAUAUGUGUUGCGAGAGGCAAAUAUGAAAAUAUUUUCCGCGGGAAAGGCAGGUGGCGGAUUGUUUUCCAGCUUCCGUCUGGUCCAGACAUAGUGGCGUAUCGAUAAAGUGCGGAUUAAACGAUGUUCCCGUUUAUCACGUGACGCAUCCGUUCAAUCUUUAGGUCUCGAUUGCGCCUUUCACCUCGAAUUUCCCUUGAGAGAAUCCGAAAACGCAACCAAGAGGAAUCGUAACGCGAGACGUAACAUUCGUUGAAUGAUGUCGUUCGCUCGUAUCUGGAGACCGUCCGAUUUGCGGUGCCUAACAUUCCGACAUUUCCGACGAAAGCUCGGCAUGUUCGAGAGAUCGAAGGGCUGCGACUCGCGAACCGUACCAGAAACGGAUCCUUGCUCCUCGCCGAUGGACGAUGAUCCUCACUGCGAUCCUCCUUGCCCACCGUGCCCUCCACCGUGGAGACCAUCGUGUCCUCCUCCCCGGUCCCGGCCAUCAAUUUAUUACCCGCACGCCGAUCCACGCAAGCUCUUAUUUUGGCGUAUAUUGUCCCUCUGCGUCGCGUUACCGAUCGUCGUGAUUAUGUCGAUGGUUACUUAUGCACAGCAGCAAGAAAAAGCAAAGCAGCCGAGGGAACCGUUCCAGAAUCUCCCGUACAUGUGUCGACGGACUAAGCCGUUUCCUUGGGGCGAUGGCAAUCACACGUUGUUCCAUAAUCCCGUGAAAAAUCCAAUACCGCCGCAUGGUUAUGAAGUGGAAGAUCCGUAUGCAGUACCCAAGAAAGCGGGCAAUUAGUAGAAGCGUGGGAAUAACUUGGUUUUGCUAGUGGCAGCUGAAAAUAGCGGCGAGACAAAUAUGACGGCUUGUCUGCUCGACACGCGGCGGUCGUUUUAAUUUUUAAUCGUUUCUUGUCGCUUUAGCGAGAGCGACAGAGAGAGAGAGAGAGAGAGAGAGAGAGAGGAAUAUUACAUGUGAAAUAACAAAUUUUAAUUGGAGCAAGACUCUCGAUUGCGUAAAGUGAUUGCAACUCGUUCAUUACUUACGAUUCGAUGACAUUUAUUUAUUUGAAAUUAUUACGGAA